AUGGCACAGACCGCACCCGCCCCAGCAGGGCCCUCUGUCGGUACCGGCGCCGGCGCCGGCGCCAGCAUUGCCGACCGCUCGUUUGCUGACAAGGGCAAGCCGACCGAGGUGCGCCUGUCGAACAUGAACGCUGCCAAGGCGGUGUCGGACGCUGUGCGCACGUCUUUGGGACCCAAGGGCAUGGACAAGAUGAUCACCACCUCCAACGGCGAGGUCGUCAUUACCAACGACGGCGCAACAAUUCUCUCCCACAUGGCCGUGCUGCACCCCGCGGCACGCAUGCUGGUCGAGCUGUCAAAGGCGCAGGACAUUGAGGCGGGCGACGGAACGACAAGUGUGGUCGUGCUGGCCGGCAGCAUGCUGUCGCAGGCCGAGAGGCUGCUGUCGCAGGGUAUCCACCCAACAACAAUCGCGCAGUCGUUCCAGGCCGCGGCCGGCAAGGCCGUCGAGUUCCUCGACCAGAUGAGCACUCCCGUCGACCUGAACGACAAGGAGGCGCUGUUGCGCGCGGCAAAGACGUCGCUCAACUCCAAGGUCGUGAGCCAGUACUCGUCGACCCUCGCCCCGAUUGCCGUCAACUCGGUUCUCCGUCUCGUCACCUCCACCUCGAGCAACGUCGACCUGCGCGACAUUCGCAUCAUCAAGAAGGUCGGCGGAACGAUUGACGACACCGAGCUCGUUGAGGGCCUCGCUCUUAAGCAGCCGGCCAUGGCCAACGCCGGCGGCCCGACUCGCAUGGAGAAGGCCAAGAUCGGUCUCAUCCAGUUCCAGCUCUCGAGCCCCAAGCCCGACAUGGACAACCAGAUUGUCGUCAACGACUACCGCCAGAUGGACAAGAUCCUCAAGGAGGAGCGCCAGUACCUGCUCACCCUGUGCAAGAAGAUUAAGAAGACGGGCUGCAACGUGCUGCUCAUCCAAAAGUCGAUUCUGCGUGACGCCGUCACCGAGCUCUCGCUCCACUUCCUCGCCAAGCUCAAGAUCCUUGUCAUCAAGGACAUUGAGCGCGACGAGAUCGAGUUCAUCUCCAAGGCUACUGGCGCCAAGCCCGUCGCCGACAUUGACGCGUUCACCGAGGACAAGCUCGGUACGGCCGACCUCGUCGAGGAGGCCAACCUCAAUGGCGCAAAGGUCGUCAAGAUCACGGGUGUCAAGAACCCCGGUAAGACGGUCUCGAUCGUGUGCACUGGCGCCAACGACCUUGUGCUCGAGGAGAGUGAGCGCUCGCUGCACGAUGCGCUGUGUGUAGUCCGCUGCCUCGUCAAGAAGCGUGCACUCAUUGUUGGCGGUGGCGCACCCGAGAUCCACGUGUCCCGGCUGCUCUCGCAGUACGCCGAGACGCUCAAGGGCAAGGAGGCGUACUGCUUCCAGGCGUUUGCUGAGGCUCUCGAGAUCAUCCCCACAACGCUCGCCGAGAACGCCGGCCUCAACCCCAUCGGCAUUGUCACCGAGCUGCGCAACAGGCAUGCUCUCGGCGACAUGAACGCCGGCAUCAACGUCAAGAAGGGCAUCGUUUCCAACAUCCAGGACCUCGGCGUUGUGCAGCCCCUGCUGGUGUCGACGAGCGCGCUCGAGCUUGCGGCCGAGACUGUUGCGCUGCUGUUGAAGAUUGACGACAUUAUUCUCAGCGUGCGUUAG